CAGGCGUCAUUUCUACCGCUGAGUUUCCGAUGCAGCAAAGAUCCCAGCACACUGACACAGCUCCUCACCACUGAAAGGAACACUGUCGCUAUGACUGCAACGAAAAAGAUUGUGUUCGUGGCUGACUUUGAUGACCUUUACGGGGACUUAUUCACCGCCGUGGCGAAUGACAGCAUCGAGAUUGAUCUGGAAACGGUGGUCUGCGAGAUCCCCCCGCUGCACUCUGCGGUCUACACCAUCAUGUGCACCUUCUACAUUCUCAUCUUCCUGAUGGCCCUGCCGGGAAACCUGCUGGUCGGGCUGGUGAUUCAGUCCUGUAGGCAGACUCUCUCCCCCUCCGACAUAUACCUGUUCCACCUGGCUGUGGCUGACACCCUGCUGGCCCUCACCCUGCCCUUCCGAGCUGCGUCUCUGAUGCAGGGCUGGGUGUUCGGAGACGCGGCCUGCAAGCUCUUCAACCUGGUGCUGGAGGUGACCUUCUACAGCAGCGUGCUGUUCCUGGUGUGCAUCAGCGUGGACCGCUACCUGGUGAUCGUGCGCGCCAUGGAGACGCGUAAGGAGCGCAGGCGUCUGUGGAGCUGGGGCGUGUGCGGAGGCGUGUGGGUGGCGGGGGCCGCGCUCUCGCUGCCUGCUCUGUACAGCCGGGCCGUGGCCCCCCCCGGGCAGGGCCGGGAGGAGUGCACGCUGCACGCUGGCGACCCGGAGAACGCCUCGCUGAACCGGCUGGUGAUGCGCGUGCUGCGGCACACGCUGGGCUUUCUGCUGCCGCUGGCGGCCAUGUUGGGCUGCUACGGCGUGACGCUGGCGCGGCUCCUCCGCACGCGCGGCUUCCAGAAGCAACGCGCCAUGCGCGUCAUCGUCGCCGUGGUGGCCGCCUUCCUGCUGUGCUGGACGCCCUACCACCUGUCGGCCAUGGCGGACACGCUGAUGCGCUUCCAGCUGGUGGAGCGCUCAUGCCGGGCUCGGCAGGCGGUGGACAGCGCCCUGUUCGCCACGCAGAGCCUGGGGCUCGUGCACUGCUGCAUCAACCCCGUGCUGUACGCCUUCAUCGGGGAGAAGUUCCGCAGGAACCUGCUGCUCCUGUGCCACAGGACGGGGGCCCUGGAGCGGACAUCCGCCUCCCGCUACAGCCGCUCCACCUCCCACACCUCAGAGGCCAGCUCCCCCGUCAUGUGACCAGUGUAAGGACCACAUUUCCCACAAUCCCACAGGACAAUUCUGCAGGACAUCUAGUUUGGUUCAGCCAAUCCCCAAAUGGCGGGAGCAAUAAACUUUCCCAAUAUAACAGCAUGGCACGCUCUUGGGAUUUUUGUAAUGUCACACACACAUUCCUAACAUACCCCACUAAUGUCCCGUUAGUUCAACCCCAUAUCUGUUCUGCAUUUGUACGUUUGCUUAAUAAAUAUAUUUUAUUAAACCCGGUGUCUGUUUUGCCAUCACAGACAUAGUUAAAGCAGUCUUUCAAAGAAUUUACAACCUUCAGGUUAUCGGUAUGUUUAAUCAUUGAUAUUGGUUAUUUUAAUUAUUAAUUAAAAUACAAAAAUUUGUGGUUAGAUAUUUCUGAUAACAGUACUUUUAAAAGACUGAUUACUUUUUGCAGUUAUUCUGCUACAUAACCCGUACGUUAGAGGCCAACUCCCCCGUCAUGUGACCAGGGACACUGCUCACACCUCAGAGGCCAAGUCCCUCGUCAUGUGACCAGGGAGACUGCUCACAUCAUGUGACCAGGGACAUUGAUCCUGUAUUUCUCCAGGGGAGGAUUGUCUCCUGCUUAGUCUAAUCAACUGUAUGUUGCUCUGGAGAAGAGUGUCUGCUAAAUGCCAUUAAUGGAAUGGAAUGUAAAAUGCAAAUGCUAUGUAAGUUGUGCUGAAUAAGAGCAUCUGCUAACCUGUAUUUUAAUGUAAUUUUGG